AUUCAACAGUAGUGGUUGAUUUGAGAUUAGUCGGAUGACGGAGUUUUGGAUCAUAUCUGUACCCGGAGAGCGGGAUCCAAAUCAAGUGUAUCAGCGUCUUCAAACCACAUUAUCUAAAUAUAAGGAUAUCUGCUCGCAGGUCAAUAAGUUCAAUAUCCCUCCUGACUUCAAGGUAGGAACUCUGGAUAUUCUAGUGGGUCUUUCUGAUGAGCUGUCAAAAUUAGAUGUAUAUGCUGAGAGCAUUACCAAGAAAGUUGCCCAGUACAUGGGUGAUGUUCUCGAAGAACAAAAACACAAAUUGGAAGACAACUUGACGGUAAACGGACUUUCUCCUGCCGCAUUCCUUACCAAAUUCCAGUGGGAUUACGCUAAAUAUCCAGUCAAACAAACGUUAAGUUCACUGUAUGCUAUUAUUUCAGAGCAACUUACAAAAGUAGAUUCGGAUUUAAAGGCAAAGUCCCAGUCAUAUAAUAACCUUAAAGGUUGUCUUCAAAACCUAGAACGAAAGCAGACGGGUAGUCUCUUAACACGCGAGCUUGGAGAUAUUGUGAAGCGAGAACAAUUUAUUGUUGAUUCAGAAUACUUAACUACUCUGGUUGUUGUUGUACCAAAGAAUAUGUAUAAUGAUUGGAAGUCUAAUUAUGAAAGAAUGACAGACAUGGUCGUCCCUAAAUCCUCUGAACUUAUUUUUGAAGAUCAAGAUAAUGGCCUGUGGACUGUUACGCUUUUCAAAAAAAUGACGGAUGAUUUUAAAACUCAGGCUCGUGAAUUUAGAUUUGUUGUACGUGAUUUUACUUAUGAUGAAAAGAAAAUUGAGGAAAGUAGAAAUGAGCUUUCAAAACUUGAGUCCGAUAAAAAACGGCAGUUUGCACCUCUAUUCCGCUGGUUGAAAGUUAAUUUUGGUGAGGCUUUUUCCGCUAUGGUUCAUAUUAAAGCCCUCCGUGUAUUUGUUGAGUCAGUUUUAAGAUAUGGAUUGCCGGUUGAUUUUCAAGCAAUACUCCUUGAGCCAAACAAAAAGCAGCAAAAGAAGUUAAGAGAUAUACUAAAGCAACUUUACAAUCAUCUUGAUGGAUCGUCCUCAAGCUCCGUCUUAGAUGAAUGCACAACAUAUUUUUCAAGAAGAAUUUCAAUGAUGCUUACUGAAGCCUACAUCUUCAACAGAAAAUCUAUUAUGACGUAAGAAACUAAAGUUUUCCGCAAAAUAAGCGCAGAGAAUCUAUUUUGAGUACAAUAACCUACGUCAUUUUCCCCCAUACAGUAGCUGUUUGUUUAAAGAUAAAUAUGUUUACUGUUACACUUGUUCUGUUCGUAAUUCCAUUUGUUUACACUAAUUUUUCUAAAAUGUUAAUUUCAAUACGCACUUCUCUUUUCCUGAACUUUACUUGUCUUUGCGAAUGUCUCUUUACAGGAAGAUAUGAAUGUUGGGGGUUUCGGGGCUUCAUCGGAUUAUUUUCCGUAUGUUUCGUUUAAAGUCGAGCUAAAUAUGAUAGAUGUACGUUGAUGGUCAGGAAUAAACUAGUUCUGCAGCCCAUUCCAUUGUAUUAAUGUGAUAAUGCAAUCAAUAACAUGAGAAAAGCAUAAUAUACUUUAGAAUUACCUCUUCUUAGCAUUUCUGUCUUCUUGAUUUUUUAUUUUCUUCUCUAUCCUUGUUAGUUAAUGUUUUUACAAACACUUGAUUUACUUAAUCGGUAUAUAUACCUACUAAUCUGUCUUAAUACAUUGAAAUAAAAAUCAUAUUGUUUUCAAAAUACCUUAAUUAUUGUCCUAUUUAAAUACAAUUUACUGAAGAGGCAACAAGUAUAUUUUGCUUCCAAAUUAUUUUAUGUAAACGAAUGCAAAACAGACAAAAAAAUAAUAGCACUGUGUAUGAUUUAAUUAUAAAUACUGGUGUAUGUAUAAUACAGCAUUAUAUACUGUGUGUAGAAUAAUUCAACCAAGAAUAUAAUUAAUGUUCUA